AUGAGCCUCCUCGGCGGAUGGUUCCGCAGCACCAACUCCAGCGCCGACUCGCUCAAGGCCGAAACCCUCGCGGCAAGGGAGCGAGAGAACCUCGCUGACGCGCUGAGAUGGACCAAGCUCAUCAUGAACGACGACAUUGACGGCGCCUGGCAAGGCCUGGAGAAGGGCGAGUCGUCGUUUCACAGCCUCGGCGCCGCCGUGACGUUUUUCAUGCGCUCCAUCCUCGGCUUCGAGAAGGAGGUCAUGACCCAGACGACCGCCAAGCUGGCCGAUUGCGAGACAAGGGCCUGGGCCGAUUACAAAAAGGCCCAACGGCAUGCCGUUCCCCGGCACGCCGCGAGCAGGGUGUAUCCUCCCGGGACCGAGUAUGAGCUCGUUCGCGCCGAGACGCAGCUUAUGAGUGCUGUCGUGGGCGUGCUCAACGAGAGCAUUGUCGAGGCCAUGAAGAGCUUUUACAAGUUGCGAAAGGCCUUUAUCAUUCUCGAUGGCAUAGCAGCCGUCGAGGCCAAGGCUGCGGCCGCCCAGAAGGCCGCCUUGAGCAAUGGUGUCAAGGGCGAGGCGGCCAGCUCACGCUCGUCUACACCUAGGUUGCAGACUUCAAACGGGGACAAGCACAAUGCGUCAUUGUCGAAGCACUCGGAUAUUCCGGAUCAGCCUCCUGGAGAUGCAGACUACGACAGUUCCCGACCAGUGACGCCCCUCAACCUGCAGUCUGCUCACUUUGAGACCGAGUUGGAAGUGACGGAUCCCGUGGACGCCUUCAUCCACUCCGGCACCAACAUGUGCUUUGGGCUCAUCUUGCUCAUCCUGAGCCUGGUGCCGCCCGCAUUCUCGCGGAUUCUCUCCGUCGUCGGCUUCCACGGUGACAGGGUCCGCGGCGUCCACAUGCUCUGGCGCUCGGCCGCCCACGAGAACAUCAACGGCGCUCUCGCAGGCAUGAUGCUGCUAGCCUACUACAACGGCCUCCUGGGCACCGUCGACAUCCUCCCCAGCGCCAGCGACUACGACCAAGACGCCGAGUCCGUCGGCCCUCCGCGCGACAAGUGCAGAAAGCUCCUUGCCGACCUGCGCGCCCGCUACCCAGACUCGCGCAUGUGGCGAGUUGAGGAGUCCCGCCUCCACGCCAACGACAAGAAUGUCGAAAGGGCAAUCGACCUGCUGUCCACCGGCAAAGAGUCCACCAUGAAGCAGAUCACGGCCGUCAACGACUUCGAGCUCGCCAUCAACGCCAUGAUCCUGCAGAAAUGGGACCUCAUGCGCGACACCUUCCUGCGCUGCCUCGAAAUCAGCGACUGGAGCCCCGGCAUGUACUACUACAUGGCCGGCUGCGCGUCCCUCGAGCUGUACCGCGAUGCCCACCACGCCGGCGACAGCACGGAGGCAAGGAGGCACAAGGCCAAGACGCACGAGUACUUCCGCAAGGCGCCGCAGGUCUCUGGCAAGCAGCGCCUUAUGGCCCGCCAGCUACCCCUCGAGACCUUCCUGCAGCGCAAGGUGCAAAAGUGGGAAGGGCAGGCCAAGGCGCUGAGCGUCGACCUGGCCGACGCCAUUGGGCCCUCGCCCGCCAUGGAGGUUUGCUACUUUUGGAACGGGCAGAAGCGCAUGUCGGAGGAGCAGCUGGACGGGGCCAUGGCCCAUCUCAAGUGGGAGAGGUGUACCGCCGGCGCAGACGUCGUGAGUGCAUUGCGGCAGGAGAAGGACGAUGUGGCGGUUUGGGCGAUUGGCAUGGCGGCGCUCUUACAAGCACAGGGGAAGAUGGACGAUGCCGCAAACAUUCUCGAGGACAAUGUCUUGGCGCACGAUAGGUGA